CAUUUCACGCGUGAACUACACGCUAGAGUAACCUUAAUUCUGGGUUGUGCCACAAUGGCAACCGUGCCGCCUCUGACCUGAGCCUAAUACGCCACAUUCCGAGACGCCAGACUUCACACAUAACUUGUUUCAGAGUAUGUGUUCGUUAUGAUAUCAGUGCCUCAUGAGAAGGGUUGUUAUAACGGGCUUAGGCGCGGUGACACCACUUGGAGCUGGCGUCAAGCAUACGUGGCGGAGAUUGCUCGACGGCAAUACUGGAAUCGUCUCGACUACAGGCCUAGGAGCCAAGUUUGACUUACUCCCGAGUCGCGUUGCUGGUCUCGUUCCGCAAGGCAGCCGUCAGGAUGGCUUUUGGCAAGCCAAGGACUGGCUGCCGGCUAGCGAAGCGAGGCAGAUGGCACUGUUCGCUCAGUACGCCGCAGCAGCCGCAUCAGAGGCGCUCGAUGAUGCUGGUUGGCAUCCAACUGCGCAGCAUGACCUUGAGGCUACUGGAGUGACGAUCGGAUCUGGGAUAGGUAACCUUGACGAGGCUUACAACACCUCGGUCGCCUUCGACCAAGGCGGGUAUCGUAAAGUCUCUCCGCUAUUUGUUCCCAGGCUACUCAUCAACCUUGCCGCUGGCCAUAUAUCUAUCCGGUACGGAUUCAAGGGGCCCAACCAUGCAGCCACCACGGCAUGUACGACUGGCGUGCAUGCUAUUGGUGAUGCUUCGCGCCUCAUCAUGUUCGGCGAUGCAAACGUAAUGGUAGCAGGAGGUGCCGAAUCUUGCAUUCAUCCGCUCGCGGUUGCAGGAUUCGCUCGCGCUCGGAGUCUAGCCACGGCAUGGAACGAUAACCCGGCUGCUUCGUCCCGACCAUUCGAUCGUGAUAGAGCAGGCUUUGUAAUUGGUGAAGGCGCUGGCAUCAUGGUGCUAGAAGAGUUAGAGCAUGCUAAGGCGCGCAAGGCUAACAUCUACGCCGAGGUACGGGGCUACGGGCUGUCUUCUGAUGCGUACCACAUGACCGCACCCCAAGAAGACGGUGACGGCGCGUACCUUGCCAUGAAGCAAGCACUUAAGCACGCAGGAUUGAAGCCGAAUGCCGUUGACUACGUCAACGCCCACGCCACGUCUACCAUACUCGGCGACGCCGCCGAAAACAAAGCUAUCAAGCGGUUGCUGCUGGGUUCUGAGGGCCGGAAGCGAGCAUCCGAAGUCAACAUAAGCAGCACCAAGGGUGCGAUUGGCCACUUGCUGGGAGCAGCUGGAGCCGUUGAAGCGAUUUUCACAGCCCUGGCGGUUAAUCAUAAUGUACUGCCACCGACACUGAAUCUAGAGAACCCUGGCAACCCACCGGAGCAAUUUGAUUGCAACUAUGUUGCAAAGGUUGCGCAGCGCCGGCCUGUGAAUGCAGCUUUGAGCAAUAGCUUUGGGUUUGGGGGCACUAAUGCGAGUCUAUGUGUCACGAAGUAUGAGUGAAUUAUUGCAUUUGCUCUUGGAGACUGAGUGAGCCUUAUCGCUGUACCCCGCAGUAUAUCAGCGAGAAGUGGGUCCUUGUU